AUGAUUGAUCGCCCUGGAAACGAAAAUGCCGCGGCGGGCACACCAGAGACUGCGGCCGCUCCGUCGCCGCCCGUGGCCGUCGUGGUCGGCGCCGGCCCCGCUGGCAUCCUGACGGCGGUGGGCCUGGCCCGUGCCGGCCUGGACGUGCACGUGUACGAGAGGCACCCCUCCCCGCUGGUGGCAGACUCCUCCGACAAGCACCGGGCGUUUGUCGUCAUGCUGCACCCGAGAGGGCGGCGGGCGCUGAGCGAGGCCGGCUUUGAUGUCUCCGCCUUCGGAGGGGCCGACCUGCAGCCGGUGCAGUCCAUGGCCUUUGGCGCGGGCAGCACGCUGGACACGUGGAGCACGAGCUUCCCCGAGCCGCGCCUGGUGGGCAGCCGCCAUGCCUUCUGCCGCUCGAUGGUGGCGCAGGUGGAGGGAAUGGGACUCAACAUUUCUUGGCAUUUCGAAACCUCGUUCGAAAGCCUGGAUCUGGAGCGCAAAACCGCGCUGUUCUGCUCCGAGAAGGGGCAUGGCGGCAGCGGCAGCAGCAGCCCGCGCGGCCAUGUCCCGCGCGGCGGCGUCACCGAACAGCGCUACGACCUGCUGGUGGCUGCCGACGGCGGGUGGAGCCGCUUGCGGCGCGCCGCGGAGAGGCAGGCCCCGCAGCUGCGCAGCAGCAUGGAGCAGGCGACGGCUCGCUACAAGGUGUUUGAGGGCCUGCCUGCCGCAGACGGCUUUGCCACCAACCAGAUGCGCGCACUGGCGGCUUCGGGCGCGGGCGGCUUCCGCCACGCCGCCGUCGCCUUUGUGCUGGCAGACCCCGCCAGCGGCGCCUGCCGCGGCGUCCUCUCCAUGGAUGAGCAUGCCUGGAACGGGCUGGAGUGCGCGGCGGACUUCGAGUGCCUCAUCUCCCAGCAGUUCCCCUCGCUGCCAGCAGCGUGGAGGGCACCGUUGGCCGCCCAGCUGGAGCAGCGGCCACUGGCUGUGUCGGGCAUGCGGGUGCACGCCUCACAGCUGCACGGCCCCUCGCUGCUGCUGGUGGGGGAUGCCGGGCACGGCGUCACUCCCCGCACCGGCAACGGCAUGAAUGCGGCCCUGGAGGAUGCCUGGCUCAUCUCCCAGCUGCUCAAGGAGAGCGGCGGCGACCUGGCCUCGUUGCCAGAGGCCUUCACCAAGGCUUGCCUGUCCGACGCCCAGGCGCUGCUGUGGCUGGAUGCCAACGCCGCCGCCCGGCGCGGCACCUCAGCCUGGGGCCGCCUCCACCCCGCUGCGCUGCUCAGCGGCGCCAGCAUGGUGGGGCGGGGCAUGCUCAGCAAGGCCACGCGCGGCUACGUGCGCCCCGGCUCGCUGCAGCUCAUGAACGAGGGCUGCGCUCCCUACGCCGAUGUGAAGCGCCAGAUCGAGCGCGACCGCCUGCUGCUGUCCACGGUGGGCGCGCCGCUCACCGCGACCUUUGCGCUGCUGACCACCGUGGCCGCCGUGGCUGGCCGGCUGCGGGGCUGA